GGUGAUCAGACAUUUAUGAAGAAUUAGAGAUCUUCCGAGACGAACGUAAACAAACGUUGACUGCAGCUGAUCUGUACAUUGAAAAACAAAACACGGACAAAUGAGAUUAUUGCAUGUUGUAAGAUAUCAGCUGUUAAAAAGAGCCUGUCAUACAAGUCGUAGCAUCACCAGUUUAAUACUUAGUCAGACCGAGUUAUCUAGAGAUCAUCUUACACCAGAAAUAGCUCUCCAUCUUAUAACACCACGAUGUAAGCUGUGGUGCAGCACAGGGGAUGAUUUGCCAUUUCCUGACCCAUUCUGGGCAUUUUAUUGGCCUGGCGGACAAGUAUUAACCAGGUUCAUAUUGGACAGUCAAUAUAUUUUUGCAAACAAAAACAUAGUUGACAUUGGAAGUGGGUGUGGAGCCUCUGCCAUUGCAUGUAAACUGAUAGGUGCCCGCAGUGUUGUUGCUAAUGACAUAGAUAAAAUUGCCAUUGGUGCCAUUAACUUGAAUGCAACAGCCAAUCAAACAGAAGUUUCGGUAUCGUCAGAAAACCUGAUUGGUUCUAUCGACUCGCACUGGAACACAGUACUGCUAGGCGAUAUGUUUUAUGACCGUCACUUUGUAGACAUAAUUAGUGACUGGAUUCCGAAAUUAUCAAACAAUAAAAUAUCUGUGUAUAUAGGUGAUCCAGGCAGACUUCCUCUGAUCAACCAUCCACUCAGUUCUAAAUUAGAAAUUGUGUUCAAGUGUGAAUUACCUGAAGAAUGUCUGAAGGGAAAUAAUGGCAUGAACUCUGGCUAUGUCUGGAAAUACACACCCUGAAUGUGAUGUCUGAAACAACUUAUGGUCAUGUGAUUUUGGAAUAGCAAUGACGAUUUAUAACAGAAUAUCACGUGAAUAAGUGAUCAUUAUUAUGAUUUUUGUAUAUAUUAACAAUAGCACAAGAAAAACAUUAUUUGAACAUAUCGUGAUAGGUUACCCAAAAGAGGGUUAUAGAAUAUCGUUAAAUGAUCGAAAACGUAUCAACUCUAACACCGGAAAGAACUACAAAAGACAAGGAAAAUUCACCAAACUCCAAAACAUUGGUAACGUCCUUCUUGCUACGUUACGUUAAUAGUUUAGCAACGCAACGUCGCCGCUGUUUCGGGGUUCACCCGGAGUUCAUGUAAUGGAAAUGUUCCAUUUGAACUCCCCUUAAUAAUUUCUUAAAUUCGAAAAUCCAAGUUCUUAAAGUGUUUAUUUUAGGAGGUAUCAGAAAAAUGAAACUCGGCUUUACUGGAUUUAUAAAUAUUAGCAUUUAAAACAUUAAAUAUAUAAGUUGUCCA